UGUUGGUGUUCUUAUUGCAAGGCAAGCAAGUAGUGAGUAGUGAAGAUGAAGGGUAUGGCGAAUGUAUUGAGCGGGUUGAAACCCGUGAUUCUAAUGGUGUUGGUGCAGGUUGCAUUCACUGCUGUCAAUGUCUUCUACAAGCUUGCCAUCAAUGAUGGAAUGAGUGUUAAAGUUCUUACUGCUUAUCGUCUCGCUUUUGGUGCUGCUUUCACUGUUCCACUUGCUCUUGUUUCCGAAAGGAACAAGAGACCAAAGAUGACUUGGAAGGUGCUUUUCAUGUCAUUUCUUUGCGGCUUGUUUGGGGGAAGUUUGUUUCAGAACCUUUUCUAUGAGGCGCUGGCUUUGACGUCAGCAACGUUUGUGUCUGCCAUCUACAACCUCAUACCAGGGAUCACUUUUGUGUUGGCCAUAACCUUCGGUUUUGAGAAACUGAAACUGGGGGGAGCAGCUGGAAAGGCCAAGGUGUUUGGAACCCUGAUUGGAAUUGGUGGGGCAAUGGUGUUGACUUUUGUCAAAGGGGUUCAAAUUAAUAUAUGGCCUUUCCAUGUCAACCUUUUGAAGAACCCAUCACAUGAUCACAAUACGCAUUCAAGUAGUAACGACUUGUUGGGGGUUGUGUGCGCCAUUGCUAGUUGCUUCUCUUAUGCUUCUUGGCUCAUCAUUCAGGCUAAGAUGACCAAGGAAUAUCCAAGUCAUAAUUCAAGCACAGCUUUGAUGCUUACAGCAGCAGCUAUUCAAGCCACUGUUUUUGCUUUUUGUACUGAGAGGGAUCUCAAUCAAUGGAAGCUUGGUUGGAAUAUCAGGCUUUUGGCUUCUGCUUAUUCGGGAAUUGUGGGGUCUGGAGUAGUGUUUCUUAUCAUAGCAUGGUGCAUACAAAUGAGAGGGCCACUAUUUGCCUCCAUUUUCAACCCUCUCAUGCUUGUGCUUGUGGCUGUUGCGGCUUCUUUUAUGUUGGAUGAGCAAUUGUAUCUUGGAAGUUUGAUUGGAGCAAUACUGAUAGUGUGUGGACUAUACAUAGUUCUAUGGGGAAAGAACAAAGAGAUGAAAAAGGUAACUCAGUUGCUGCCAUCUGAAAUCAUGCAAUUACAGCAGCAGGAUCAACAACAGACUAUACAAGUUGUUACGUCCACGGCAGUUGUCAAAUGUGAGCAACAACAAUAAUAAGGGAAAAUUAGAGUCCAGCAAGAGAAUAAAGAUGAAGAUCUAUUGUUAAAUAUUCUAAAUAUAAAGUGUUGUGGACUAAGAUAAUGAUGAUGCUGUAUAUAUUGGCAUAUGUGUCCUUGUCCAUUGCUUCUGUUCCAUAAAUUAAAUUCUUUUAUCCACUAGCCGUAGCCGCCACUGAUGAGUGAUUAGUGAUUAGACAGAUUUGCAUGGUUUUUUUUUUUGGUAUUAACAGAUUUGCAUCUAUGUAUUGGAGAUAUAUGAUAUGGGCUUCUUAAUAAACCAAACAACAAAACCCUUCCUUAUAAACUGAUGUCUAGCAACUUGGAUGGACCCUAAUAAAAUCACCGGCCCAAGUAAGAGAAACUAAUAGUGUAAAGUAUUGGUUUUUGUACUCAA